UUGGCUUCUAUGGGGGUCGCUGUCUACAUAUUCAAAGAGCGGCACUCAAACUACAAAGUUGACAACGGUAUAAAACUAAUCAAAUUGCAGAAUGCUUAAGGCAAAAAUUACUAGAUUGUCUGUCAGCGAUGUUCGAUUCCCUACUUCGUUGGAGCAACAUGGUUCGGAUGCAAUGCACACAGACCCAGAUUACUCCGUUGCCUAUGUUGUCAUCGAGACAGACGGUGGAUUGAAGGGGUACGGCCUAACGUUCACCUUAGGAAAAGGCACGGAAAUCGUUGUGUGUGCAGUGGAGGCCCUCUCUGCGUUCGUGGUGGGGACAUGCCUAGAGGAGAUUGUCAGCGACUUCAGAGCCUUCUACCGGCUCCUGACCAGCGAUGGGCAGAUGAGAUGGAUUGGGCCAGAGAAAGGGGUGAUCCAGUUGGCUACCGCCGCAGUGCUGAAUGCAGUGUGGGACCUGUGGGCCAGGGCGGAGGGAAAGCCACUUUGGAAGUUGCUAGUAGACAUGGAUGCCAAAAAACUAAUAUCGUGCAUCGACUUCAGAUAUAUCACUGAUGCUCUCACAGAACAAGAGGCCUUGGAUAUACUGCUGAAAGGUCAAGAAGGGAAAGGUCAAAGAGAGGAGCAGAUGCUGAAGGAGGGGUACCCAGCAUACACCACUUCCUGUGCCUGGAUAGGAUACCCUGACCAGCAGCUCAAACAGCUCUGCACUGAGGCACUGAAAGAUGGCUGGACGAGGUUCAAAGUGAAGGUGGGGGUGGACCUGCAGGAUGACAUCCGUAGGUGCCGUCUCAUCAGGCAGAUAAUCGGACCCAGCAACACUCUGAUGAUCGACGCCAACCAGAGGUGGGACGUGGGGGAGGCCGUAACCUGGGUGACCAGCCUGGCGGAGUUCCAGCCGCUGUGGAUCGAGGAGCCCACGUCCCCCGACGACAUCCUGGGCCAUGCGACCAUCUCCAAGGCCCUGGCUCCGCUCGGCAUCGGCGUGGCCACUGGCGAGCAGUGUCAUAACCGGGUGAUGUUCAAGCAGCUGCUGCAGGCCUCUGCGCUGCAGUUUGUGCAGAUCGACAGCUGCAGGCUGGGCAGCGUCAACGAGAACCUGGCCGUGCUCCUCAUGGCCUGCAAGUUCCAGGUGCCUGUGUGCCCCCAUGCAGGGGGAGUGGGUCUCUGUGAGCUGGUGCAGCACCUGAUACUCUUCGACUACAUCUCCGUGUCUGCCAGCCUCCACAACCGGAUGUGUGAGUACGUGGAUCAUCUCCAUGAGCACUUUAAAAGUCCGGUUGAGAUUCAGAAUGCCCACUACAUGCCACCGAAGGACCCAGGGUACUCCACAGAGAUGCUGGAGGAAUCGGUGCUGCAGCACCAGUACCCUCAGGGGGACGUGUGGCAGGGCCAUCCAGGACGCUGAUCAGCACCUUACAGUUAAGCACUGACACCAAUCUGAUUACUGCAGUAAUAUGAAAAGUGUAAGUAACAGAUAUGCUGCUUUGUUGGUAUUAUAGAUGAACUUUAAUAUUAAUUUUAAUUAAUUUGUAAGAACUUUCUUUUGUUGUAGCGGCACAAGAUUUGUAUUAGAUUUGUACAAAGGUCAGAAUCAUCCUGCAUCACUAAACAAAAAUAUUAAACGAUGUACAAACAAUAUUUACAGUAAAAUAAAUUCCUGCCAUUUCCCCCGGGUUUUAUACUUAGUGACACCCAAAAAUCUAACGUAACAGAAACAUGCAAAAGGCCACUGGAGAAUGACAGUA